AUGAUUAAUUUAACCAAACGCAUCAAGAAAUUAUUUGAAGGGUAUGAUCUAUCAAUGGAUGUCCGGGAGAGAAAAGGUUGUCAAACGGCUCUUAAUGAUCAACCAAUUGCCAAUAUAUCAGAUAAUGAAGAUGAUAAUGAUGAUGAAACUGCUAAUUCUGAUACACCACGUUUUGAAUUUGAUGCUUUAACAGCUAGUCGUCCAGCAUCGGGUACAAUUCCACGUGAUUUUAUUCAUCAACGUCAAUUUCAACCAAAUUGUCCACCACCAAAUAUAAAUCAAUAUUGUUUUAUUCCUCAACAACAAUUUCAACCAAAUCAUGCGACAACAGAUACAAUUCCACGUGAUUUUAUUUCUCAACAGCAAUUGCAUUUUGGUAAUACAACUAGUCUCCUGUACGGGUGCAACUUUUCAUACCCGGAGCCGGACCGAGUUAUUGAUUUAUUUCGUUUGAUUGUUAUUGUCGUAAUUGUUCUAAUGAGCUUUGGCGUAUCAAGACAAGCAAUUAAAUUUCCCAAUGAAGAUUGGAGUUGGCAUUCCGUUAAAAACAUAUUUCUUGAGCCUUAUUUUAUGAUUUAUGGUGAAGUAUAUGCCGAGGACAUCGAUCCACCAUGUAAUCGAACUGCCGAUCCAAGUGCGCCAGGUUGUCAAUUUGGACAUUUUAUAACUCCUAUUACUAUGACUGCAUUUCUACUUGUUUGUAAUAUACUUUUGCUUUCAAUGUUAAUGGCUCAAUUUACAUCAACAUUUAUGCGGCUAAGUCGAUUAUCCGAUCAGGUAUGGAAAUUUCAGCGAUAUCAUACAAUUCUUCAAUAUGAACAAAAACCAUUGUUAGCACCACCAUUAAUUAUUUUUUCUCAUAUAUUUCUUUUAAUAAAAACAAUUUAUCGUAUAUGUCGUCAUCGUAAACGAACAUUCUACCGUGGUUUAAAGUUAUUUUUAAGUGUAAAAGAAAUCGAAAAAUUGCGUGACUUCGAAGAAGAAUGCGUACAUGAAUAUCUUUUAGCUAAAGAAGAUAAAGAAAAAAGUACAGUUGAAGAACGCAUGUUAACAACAUCGGACAGAGUUUCACAUAUGUUAACACGCGUUGAAACACUCAAACGAAAUAGUGUUCAACAAACCAGUUGUUUUCAUAAUUUCGAUGAACGUUUACAACGCCUUGAAGAUAUGCAAACAUCAACGAUAGAAUUACUUAAUGUUCUCAUACAAAAAGUACAAACAUCAUCUCAUGAUCAAGCAACAUCCAUUGAAAAUAUUUCAACAAAAUCAUACGAUAAGGAAAACAAAGAAACAGACGAUGAUGAAAUGUUAACUUUUACAGCGGUAUCAUCACCGGAUGAUAUUAAAAUGCCCACAUCAUCUUUAUUAUCAUCGGGUGCUAGUCGUAUGAUUCAUUCAUCAAGUUUUUCAAAUCGAAAAGGAACAAAUCCUAUUCCAAUACCAGUUUCUGCUCCACCACAAAUCGUGGUUGGUUCAUAUACAGAAUUUCUAUCCAUGAAAAAUAUAGCUCCAACAACACUACCAACGAAUGAUGACCGUUUAGGUAUCGGACCAACAGCACUCAGUGCAUCAUCAUCAUCGAUCAAUGUUAUCGAUGAAAUAAACUAUCCAGGCUUAUAUGAAGCUGAAGAAACCGAACAUAAUAUAUUUGGAAAGCUAAUUAAAGACCGUUUUCGUAAAUUAUCAGAAGUAGUAGAAGAUAUUGAAAGAACAUUACCAAGACAUCAACAACGUCAAGAUGAGAAACGUGAUAAGUGUGAUAUGAUUGAUGAUGAUGAAACAUUAUCAACGAUGGAUUGGGUUGAUACAACUGGGCGUGUUGCAUAUAAUAGUGCACAUGUAUCACGUUUUGAUGUUAGUCAAGAUGAAGAUGGGCAACAUCUGAUGGCAACAGUUAUUCAACAUGUACAUGAAACAGACAAGGGUUCAGUACCUGAUGUAUUAAUUCACUCGCCCAACGAUGAAAAUACACAAUCAAUAUAA